AUGGACGUUGACGAGUUGAAUCGGCUUGUAGAGGCGAGCCUUGCCUCAAACGAGGUGGAGCUGGCAGCCUUUGACAGCAUACUCCGCCAGGCAGAUGCCCUCCUCCUCAGAGACGUCAUGCACGAUUUGAUGGUUGAGCUACCCUCCACACUGGGCCCGAUCCGCGACUUCCUUGGCGAUGGAGACGACGACGCAGAACAGAACGACAUUCACAAAGGCAACGUUGCGGAGGUGCACUUCCCAGUACGAGCACCGCGUGUCAGCCGUGCUUUCUCCACAUCCGACGUGUCCAGCGUCGCCAAACACAGAGCGUCUCUACUUGGCCUCCCGGAGAAGGGCAAUGAGGAAGACAGAUCCAUAUCCUUCACGGGCGCGGCAAACAAGUCCUUUGACGCUCCACGCGCACCACGAAGAACAGCGUCAAAGAAGACAAAGAAGGUUGUUGGACAUAGCAUGCGCCCUUGUUCGUGGAAACCGCGGGAAACGUGUGACAUCUGCAACAAGGAGAUGAAGAGCAGGCUCUUCCGCAAACAGGGCUUGCUGUGUGAUGACUGCGGGUUCAAGUGCCAUCAGAAGUGCAGCAAGAAGCUGCCCGCGUGUAAGCAGACCACGUCCAAGUCAUGA